AUGUCUGCUCCAUAAAUUAUUAUUGAAUAGCAAUCCUAAUUAAAUAGUCCAAUCGAAGUAGAUGGAGCUGUAUAUGUUGCAGCAUAAAAUGGAGAAAUUAUUUAAUACAAGAAUGAAUAAUAAAAAGUAUGAUUUUCAUUUUAGAAAUAGACAUUUUUUCAUGUAUCUAGUUAGCCUCAUUCAAUAAAAAUAGAUAAUAAGAAUAAAGUCUCUUACGUUGCUAAUAUGGCUAGAUAAUCUAUCCAGAAAUUUUGUCAAGAAGAGGAUAAUGAUGAAAUUAUUGAUUUUAUUAAUGAAUUUGAAGGAAUGCCUCUUUUAGGUCCUAAUUCACUUUUACUCUCUCCUAAAAAUAGUAUUUCAUUGAAUAAAUGUUAGAUAUGAUAUUUUUUACAGAUUCUGGACCAUUUGGAGAAACUGCAAUUGAUAACUGUAAAGGAUCAUUGUUUGCAGCAGAUCUAGAAAAUUUAACAUGUAAAGCAUUAGCAUUAUAUUGUCUUUCAUUUCCAAGUGGUAUAUGCAUGGGUAAUGAUUAAAAAACUAUAUAUUUAUGUGAAACAGGCAAAAAUAGAAUUUUAAGAUUUGUUUAAGCUAAUGCCGGUAUAUACUACUUUAGGUAUUAUUAUAUCUAUUAAUAAGUGUUUAUAUUUAAUUUUAGGGAAGAUUUGGUCCUAUGGCAUGUGCAGUCUCUUCAAAUGAUCUCUUGUAUGUUGCCAGAUAUGAAUUCUCCUAAGUGACUGAUGAUGGACUUAUUAGUGUUUACAAUUAGAAUGGCAUUAAUAUUGAUAAUAUUGUAUUGCCUCAAUAUCCUGAAUUAACUGGAAUGGCAUUUUCUGUGUAAAAGUGUUAUUAAUGAUUUAGCUAAUAUCCUGGUGUGUUGUACUUAACUGAAAAUUCUUAGAAAGGAAAAUGUCUUAAGCUCAAUGUUACACCUCCAGACAAAAAGGAUAAGGAUAAAUUUAAGUGAUCCUUUAUUAUUUACAUAAAGAC